AUGUCCAAUUACCAUAGUAGAAACUUGAGACGUGUCGCAGGCGUACUCUGCCAAGAAUUGAAUAGCACUGGUGAUUCGGAUGUUGUGUGCGAGGUAUUUAGUAAUAGAGUACACUCUGGUGAUCCAAACUAUCUUGGUUCCACACUUCCGAAGUGCCUUGCCAUUAUAAAACAGAAUUUGAGCACGUUCUACGAGCUGCAUGGCUCAUCGAUAUACAAUUAUACUGAUGACGAUAAAGGAAAGGGAAACGAGAAAUGGAUUAGGUUCAAAUGGGAUGAAAUGCUGGAUAAAGAUUUAGUCUACAUUGUUUUGUUCAAGAGAGAUACCACUAAGAUAGUAGGUUUUACAUCAGUGGCAUUAUCCGACCCAUUGAAUCCAGAAUUGGACCACUCCAAAUUGAAUCGGCCGUGUUUGUUCCUAUACGAAAUCCAUCUGAUGGGAGAAUACCAGUCACGUGGCUUAGGGUCUCUUAUUUUCAAUGGAUUACUUAUCCCACUUGCACGUGACCUGACCUGUCCGUCAAUUGAACUAUGCGUAUUCACUGCCAAUGAUGUGGCCUGUCGAUGGUACAAAAGAUUAGGGUUCCAACUUACCGUCGAGUUCUCUGAGCAUCUCAUUGGAAUGAGCAGGGUUAUCGGCGCCUCUUAA